GCCAAACACCUGUUGAUUAUUACUCGGAAAUAAACAACGCUACGCUACUUACGUAACGUGAUGAUGUUGAUGAUGAUAAAGAGAGGGAAUAUAUAAAGAAACAUAGCACUAACUCUCUCUCACACGUAGGUUUCAUUCAAGAACGAUGACUAGUUCUUCUGAUCAAUCUUUAUCCCACAAUGUCUUCGUCUACGGCAGUUUCCAAGAACCAUCCGUCGUUAACUUGAUCCUCGAAUGCGAUCCUGUCACUAUCUCUGCUCAACUUCACGGCUAUCAUCUUUAUCGACUCAAAGGGCGUUUGCAUCCAUGUAUUUCUCCUUCUGACAACGGUAUCAUCAAUGGAAAGAUACUAACCGGAUUAACAGAUGGUCAGCUAGAGAAUUUAGAUAUGAUUGAAGGUGAGGAGUAUGUGAGGAAGACUGUUGAAGUUGUGUUGACUGACACAUCUGAAAAGAUGCAAGUGGAAACCUUUGUAUGGGCCAACAAGGAUGAUCCUGAUAUGUAUGGAGAAUGGGAUUUCGAGGAAUGGAAGAAGCUUCACAUGGAGAAAUUCAUAGAGGCGUCGAAGAAGUUCAUUGAAUGGAAGAAGAAUCCAGAUGGGAGAUCAAGGGAAGAGUUUGCUAAAUAUGUACAAGAAGAUCUUACUUCAGCCUGAAGACUCUGUGUACUUUUAUUUUGUUUCCAAAUGUUUGUUGAAAUCACUAUCUGUAGCUGCAAAAUAAAAUAAAAAGAUUUGUGAGUUUGGGAAUAAACACAAAGUAUGAGGUUGUAGUUGUACUGGUUGUUAACGUUAUUGAUUUGUAUGGAAGUGUGUUGUUAUCAUUUUUACUAGUGUUCA